AUGUCCCCGCAGGGCUGGAGAGCACCGGGACGGGGCCUGAAGGACCUGACCGGCGAUGGGGGAGUGCGCAAGGAGGAGCUGCACCCCGGCACUGGCCCCACCGUGCCCCAGGAUGCUUCCGUGGCAGUGAAUUACUUUGGAUUCCUGGAGGACAAGGACAAGCCCUUCUGCACACACCUUGACAGCAAGUCUUCAAAGCUGAUGAAACUUGGAACAGACAUCACCCUGUGGGGGCUGGAGAUUGGCCUCCUGACAAUGAGGAAGGGGGAGAGGGCAAGAUUUUUCUUCACUCCCAGUUAUGCCUAUGGGGCAAUGGGCUGUCCUCCCUUGCUGCCCCCCAACGCCAUGGUCAUGUUUGAAGUGGAGCUGCUGGACUUCCUGGACACAGCUGAAUCAGACUUGUUCUUUGAUUUGACUGCUGAACAGCAGGAGAGUUUCCAACUAGAAAAAGUGUUAAAAAUAGCAGAAACAGAAAGAGAGUGUGGCAACUACUUAUUCCGUAAGAAGCUCUUCAGGAGUGCCAAAGACAGAUACAAAAGGGCACUCUCCAUCCUCAGUCGCAGCCCUUCCAACGAGGCAGAGCAGCACCAGCUCAGCACUUCCCAGUUGCUGCUGCUCCUCAACCUCUCAAUUACCUGCCUGAAACUGGGACGUCCUGCCCAGGCUUUAGCAUAUGGGGAGCAGGCCCUGAAGAUAGACCAGAGAAAUGCCAAAGCACUUUUCAGGUGUGGACAGGCUUGUCGCUGCAUGGCAGAGUAUGAAAAAGCCCUGGAGUUCCUGGUGAAAGCACAGCACAUCCAGCCAUUUAACAUGGAUAUUAAUGAGGAGCUGAAAAAGUUGGCAAGCUGUUACAGAGACGCCGUGGAACAGGAGAAGGAAACGUGCCGCAGGAUGUUUGCCAGUCUCAGUCUUCCCCCAUCUGACCAGAAAUAAAGGACCUCUGCAGCUGAUGAAGAGAACAGUUCUUGGAGAGCUCAGCAUCACAGCAAUGUUUUGAGAAAAUGGCUACG